UUUUGUUUAUUCAAAUCGUCCUCUGGCUUGUUUGCUUCACUUUGACCAUCCUCCAUUGCCCUCUGCCUGAACAUGUUGUGUAGUCACCACACUUGUUUUGGUUCCCUUUGUUCCUUUACAUUACUCUCUUCCUUGGACACCGUUCUGUCUUAACGUAGGAACAAGUCGUAUGUGUCAUCUCACUCUUCUCUCCCUCUGCUUCUGCUCUGUUGCUUCUCUGCUUCUGUCUCUUUUCCCUCUUUCCCUUUGUCUCCCUUUCUUCAUCCUCUUCAUCCCUCCUCUCUUCUUCCUUCCUCACCAUAUUCCCUCCUCUUUUUCUUUCCUUGUCUCAAUUAUAAUUACUAGAUACUUUCCUUUUGCGUCGGUAUUAGCCUCCUGCUUCCCAUACUCACAGGAACCGCACUGCGUUACCACCAACAACUAUUUUACUCCCAACAACGUUAGCGCAGCCGUCUUGUGCACUAACAUUUAAUAUAUUUAUUUAUAUCUCCAUAAUAUAUCACCAUAAUAUUUUUUUUCUCGCCUUUGUCUUGCGGCUUUGUAUUGACCUGCAGCUUAUUUACAGAGAUAACAGUCGCCAUCAUCAUCGGCCUC